AUGAACAAACAGACAAGAGGUUUAAGGACCGUUGGCCUACUGCUGACCAGGGAGGGGGAGGAGGCCAUUCUCGCCUUCAUGAAAAAUGCUGGGAUACCCAUUAUCCGAGCUGAAGGCGAGGUGGCCAAUGAGUCCUGCCUCCCUGGUAAGAGGGGCAGGAGCCCAUCACCAAUUGCUCCUGCCCCAAAGCGGAGGAGGGCCAACCCUGAACCAUUAACACCCAUACGCCGCUCCAAAAGGAUUCAGGAAAAGAAAGAAAAGUCGCUGCCAAUCGUCUGGGCGCUACCAGCCCCUAAAGCAGAAAGGAGGCCGAGCAAUCGCCGGGGUCCUCAAGUCCUCCCAUCCAUUGAGGUAUGUUCAAAACAGUUAUCAUAUAUAUAUAUGUUCUUGUUUCACAUUAUACUCUGUUUAGAGAAAGAAAAGAUGACACCAACUUCCCGGGCCCCACCAGCCCCUCGGCCCACCAGCCACAUGUUUUUACAUUUAAAACUUUGUGCCAAGUUUAAUGUUUGUUACAUUUAACACUUUGUGGCAAGUCCGCCCAUCCAUGGAGGUAUUUUAAAAAUAGUUAUCAAAUAUAAUUAUAUUCAGAAAUGCAUUAUACAAGCUUACCCCAGAAAAUAAAGAAUGACAAGGGAUCCAAGAAAAAACAAUGUGACAGAGAAGGGAAUAUUGUUUUUCAUUUAUACUCUUUCUUACAGUUCUGAACUGACCACAGGGCACUCAGGCAUGUUGUCGGAAACCAAGAAAGUAUCAAGUGAUAAUAAGAGAAGUGAAUUUUGUUUUUCAUUAAGACUCUUUAAACCCAAAACCAUCCCGUCCACUGCAGAGAUC